AAAAUCUUGCAACUCCCACCGGCUGUUAAACCAAAACCACAUCUUCCAACACAGGGAGAAGAGCCACCGCCCUCCCGCCGGAAUGGGCGGCGGAGUAACCAGGUUCAUGACCCUCCUAAUCACCCCCUUUCCGCCUCUCCGCCCAUCCCUCAUCCUCCUUAACCGCCGUGUCUCCUCCCUCUCAGCUGCUCCAGUCCGUCUCCUUACCCUCUCUUCCCCUCCCAAUACCAAACCCCCUACUCCGCAACUCCUCAACUCCUUUCACUCUCAAUCUAGCAAUAAUACAUACACACUCAGCUCCUCCGCCGCUCAGCAUCAUCCCUGGCCCGAAUGGACGCAUUUUCUCAGUGUUUUACCGAGUGGGCAGGGAGCCUCUGCUCCUGAGGAGUAUAGAAUUCUACCCGAGGACGCGUUUGUCGUGUAUGAGGAAUUGCCUGAUGAUUUUGUACGCGCCGCUGCGACGUGCUUGGCUUUCGCUCGGGCUCGACCGAAUCUACUUGGGCUACUUUCGAAGAGGGAUAUUGAAGCAGUUGUAUCGAAUGGAACUCCAUUUCUGUUCAAAAGUGCGCUGGACACAGCAAGGAGGAUGAGGGCAUUUUUGGCACCUGAUGAAAGCAAUGUUGCUGAAUUUGAUAAAGCAAAUACAGUUGAUCUCAUGAAGUAUAUAAUAAGCUAUGCAAGCAAUCCUACUGUUUCUUUUGAAAGAAAUGGGCUGUAUAGUAGGGAGCUUGUUGACUCGUCUGUUCGGUAUCUGUUGCAUGAGCUGGUUGCAGUAAGCUCCGGAGCUCAAACAGGUUACAUGCCUGCUUCAGACAAUCAGUUUUCAGAUAGAGAUGGACAAACUCGCAAGCCUUUUGGACAAAAUAUUGAAAUGAAGCGAGGCGAUUGGAUAUGCCGGAAGUGCAGCUUUAUGAACUUUGCAAGAAACAUGAAAUGCCUUGAAUGUGAAGAACCCAGACCGAAGAGGCAGCUAACUGGCAGGGAAUGGGAGUGCCCUCAAUGCAAUUUCUUUAACUAUGGAAGGAAUUUGGCUUGCUUAAGAUGUGACUGCCGACGACCUGGUGCUCCAUUGUUUAAAAUCAAUAAUCCUCAAUCUGUUUCUGGGUACAACGGAGAUUAUGCUUCUAAGUCCAACACGGAAAACAGAUUAGCAGAGAAUGAAGAGAAGGCACAACGCUGGUUUAGUAAAAUUUCCCAACUGAAUAAUGCAACUGAUAUCAAUACUGCAGCCUCUGAUGAAGAUUUUCCAGAAAUCAUGCCAUUGAGGAAAGGAGAUAAUAGGUUUGUUGAUAGCAUGAGGAAGACACCAUUGGAUAGACGGAUUGUCAAGUCUCAGCAUCAAAAUAGCUCAAGUAGCAGUGGCAAUCCCGAAGGUACAAACUCUAGACUAGAUGCAUCAAUCAGCCGUAGUCUGGACCAUAUUCUUGGCCACUCAUCCACUGAUUCUGAAACCGAUGCUGCAGGCAUUACUCCUGAACAAAAUAUAACAGAGUUCUCCUCUUCACCAUCUCAGUCAGGUUCUUCAGAUUUUCAAUAUUCACGGAGCAGCAGCCCCAAUCAUGUUCCUCUUGUGCCUCUCCCUGCAGACACAUUUUCUAGCAGAGAUCAAACUUCAGAGAUGGAUGAUGGAAAGAAAGUACCUAUAGAAUUUCAUGAAACUGGCUCAUCUGCGGUCAGGAAUCAAACAACCAUGAUCAGUGAGUCUCAGAGUUCAGGUCAGAAUUUUCAGGCCCCAAAGAGUUCAGCACAUCCAAUUGAUAUCCAGAAUAAAGAGAAAGAGCAAGCUGAAAAGUCAGAAAGAUGGUUCAAGAGGAUAGCAGAACUGCACAAUGUCAAAGAUCUUCCAAGUGCGGUCUCAGACGAGGACUUCCCUGAGAUUAUGCCAAUGCGUAAGGGAGAAAACCGGUUUGUGGUUGGCAAGAAGAAAGACCGUUCACUCACUUCUCCAAAGUACAAAAGACAGGUUGCCAUGGAGCAGGCAAACAAUACUACUUUUGUACCCUUUGUUCCAUUCCCUCCUGGCUACUUUGCUAGAAAGGAUACACAGCAGCCCACCGGCCAAGAUUCACCAGUAAAAUCUGUCGGUAAGACCUCUACAAGUAACAUAACUGCAGAGACUGAUAAGUUGGAUGACUUAAAGAAUGGAACUGCUGAUACAAGUACUGUGCAAAGGAACGAUUAUAAACCAAUGAGCCGAGCAAAUGCCACGCUUCCCAGUGAAAUUGUGGCUGAGGUAAGGAAUCCCCCGAGAGCGCAUAACCAAUCAGUGAGCUCCACUUCACAGUUCUCUGGUGAUAAUGCAACACCUGCUGCUGGAAGCUCUUCCCAGAGCUCCAUUACUUCCCCUACCAUAAGCAGUAAUACGGGAAAUGAUGGACCUUGUGGAACCACUCCAACCAGAGGAGUUUCAUCCCAACCACCCAAAAACGAGAACGUUCAAAGUAGCUGGACCACAAAGAGCUUGGAGGGGUCAGCUGUGAAGGAGGACCCUGAUCCUUUGGACAUGUCAGAAGAGGCCAAAGCUGAAAGGUGGUUCAAACGAGUAGCUCAGAUAAAGGAUAUCUCUGAGUUGAGCCAGAUCCCAGACGAAGACUUCCCCUCGAUAAUGCCAAUGCGGAAGGGUGUGAACAGGUUUGUCGUAAGCAAGAGAAAAACACCCCUUGAAAGGAGGCUGACAUCCCAGCAAUACAGAAGAAAUCUUCCUAUUGUGAGUAGUGAUUCUGUGAAGAAGGAAAGUGACAACAGCUGAUCAUUGAGCUACCAUCAGCUUAUUUCACCGCUGCUUGUACGACAAAAUUUAUGUUGGGAACUUUGAUGUACGUUCAUUUUCUGUAAGAGAACAUAAUGCAGUGUUUACUCAUAGUGUUAGUGUCAUAAAGAAUCAAAGGGAAAUUCCAUUUGUCUAAAGUUGAGUUCCACUUUUGAUGUC